CACGGGUGUCUUUGCUCAUCACAUCGUCGAUCGUCUUAGUUAAUCAUUUUUCUUAGCUAGCUCGAUCUCGCCUCGCCUCCUCCGGGCCUCCAGCGAAAGUAAUCAAUCAGAUUCAGAUCGAUCAGCAGCAGCAGCAGCAGCAGCAGCAUCCGCUCCCAUACAUGUCGAUCUCUCACUAUAAAUAACCUGCCCCCUCUCCCUUUCUGCUUCAAUUCCUACCUCACACUUCUGCAACAAGCUUUAGCUCCAGCCACCGGAACGAGAGAUCGAUACAGCUCGAUCAGCUAGCCGCAUUCGCCCUCGCCGCCGCCGACGAUGUCGAGCCGGAGGUCGUCGCGCUCCUCCGUGUCGGAGGAGGAGAUCAACGAGCUCAUCUCCAAGCUCCAGUCCCUCCUCCCCAGCUCCCGCCGCCGCGGCGCCAACCAGGCGUCGACGACGAAGCUGCUGAAGGAGACGUGCAGCUACAUCAAGAGCCUGCACCGGGAGGUGGACGACCUCAGCGACAGGCUCUCCGACCUCAUGGCCGGCAUGGAUCACAACAGCCCAGGCGCCGAGAUCAUCCGCAGCCUCCUCCGCUAGCUCAUCUCUUCUCAUCUGUUCUUCCUCCUCGAUGAUCGAUCGAUCUCGUGUUAUUCUACGUACAUGAAGGAUGAUAUGAAUGCAGCUCGUGCCCUGUAGCUACGUAUAAAUAUACACAUAUGUAUACAUGCAUACAGUACAUGAUAUGCAUAUGCCUAGAUCUGAUCUAGCUCAGUAGAAAAUCUACUCAUCUCGGUGUACUACUGAUGAUGAUGAUGAUUAAGGCAUGCAGCUGGCUUGAUGAUCGGUACUACUACUACUACUUCACUUCAGUUCAGUAGGGGCAUUAGCUAGCUAGCUAGGGCCGGCUGCCUAAUUAAGUAAUUAAGUAAUUUAUUAUUUGUAGUAGCCAGCUUGAUCUCAUCUCUCCUCAUGAGCCAUAUGACAUGUGGUUAAGUUAAUUAAUCCUUGAUGCAGUAGAGUCGUCCCAGCUGUUUCAUCGAUGAUCGUCGUCAUAUGUGUGUAUCUCUUGAUCUAGCUUUGCUGAUCUCCUCUUGUUUCAUUUCCUCUUUGUUCUUUUCAUGUGUUUUUCUGUGAGCUUAAUUAUUGUUGUUUUGGCGGUUUUGGAUCGAGUUGUUUUCCUCCAGACAACCGACCGACCGCUAGCUACCCAUCGAUACACCGCCAUCAGCGCAUGUACUACUGUGUCUGAAACUCUGAAUCAAUCUAAUCGAAUUUUUGUGCUGCGUACAUGACA